UUUUUCUUUUUUUCCCCCCAAUCUCGUCUUUUUUGACGGACACACCUUCCUCACUUAGAAACACCCACUCCCCUCCUCUUCCUCCUCAUUUUGACACACAGCACGGAGGUGCAGAUUCGGCAGUCAGAACCACAACUUUUUGGGUCGCGACAUAAAAAAAUAGUUUGGUGGACUGUGUUGAAAAGAAAGUUCCUGCUUUUCUUCUACUACUACUACUACUUCUGUGUUGGAGGACUUCAUUUUCAAAUUGAUUUUAUUUUAUUCCUGACACCUGUUGUUCGGCGAGCACCGAUUCGGGCUCGUAUUUGUCUUUGCAUUGGACUUUUCAGGACUUUUCCAACCUUCCCUCAACAGAGAAUCAUUUUUCACUGCUGCCCCUGCUCAUAAAUGGACUUUGAGUGACCCGAAAAAGUGGACUUAAGCUGACAUCUGUCAAAAUAGAAGCGUGAAAAGAAGUGGGUUUCUGUCUCGCACUUUCAGCACUUUUUUAUUUUUAUUUAUUUUAUUUUUUUAAUCACUUUGGACAAACUUCUUGGAGCUCAACAAAAGGAUUCGAGCACAUAAGCGGAGCACUUUCCCCGCAACCGGGCGGCGCACCAUGAACCGCACCGAACCCGUGCGUAGACGGCAGGGCGGCGGGGUCCGGCACUUGUUCCUGCUGCUGGUCGCCCUCCUCACCGGAUCCUCGCAGUUGUCGGCGGUGGACGCCAACUCGUGGUGGUCAAUGGCGCUGACCCCCAUCCAGAGGCCGGAUAUGUACAUCAUCGGAGCGCAGCCUCUCUGCAGUCAGCUGUCCGGACUCUCCCAGGGUCAGAGGAAGCUGUGCCAGCUGUACCAGGACCACAUGAUGUACAUCGGAGACGGAGCCAAGACCGGCAUCAAGGAGUGCCAGUACCAGUUCAGGCAGAGGAGGUGGAACUGCAGCACGGUGGACAACACGUCCGUCUUCGGGCGCGUCAUGCAAAUCGGCUCCAGGGAAACGGCCUUCACCUACGCCAUCAGCGCCGCCGGCGUGGUCAACGCCAUCAGCCGGGCGUGCCGCGAGGGCGAGCUGUCCACGUGCGGCUGCAGCCGGGCGGGGCGGCCCCGGGACCUGCCCCGCGACUGGCUGUGGGGCGGCUGCGGCGACAACGUGCACUACGGCUACCGCUUCGCCCGCGAGUUCGUGGACGCCCGGGAGCGCGAGAAGAACUUCCCCCGCGGCUCGGCCGAGCACUCGCGCACUCUGAUGAACCUGCAGAACAACGAAGCGGGACGACAGGCGGUGUACAACCUCGCCAACGUGGCCUGCAAGUGUCAUGGCGUGUCGGGUUCGUGCAGUCUGAAGACGUGCUGGCUCCAGCUGGCCGAUUUCCGGCGCGUGGGCGAGUUCCUUAAGGAGAAGUACGACAGCGCCGCGGCCAUGCGCAUCGGACGCAAGGGCAAACUGGAGCAGGUGGACAAGCGCUUCAACCCCCCCACCCCGGAGGACCUGGUCUACAUAGACCCCAGCCCGGACUACUGCCUCCACAACGAGACCACGGGCUCGCUGGGCACCCAGGGCCGCCUGUGCAACAAGACGUCGGAGGGCAUGGACGGCUGCGAGCUGAUGUGCUGCGGCCGGGGCUACGACCAGUUCAAGACGUACAAGCAUGAGCGCUGCCACUGCAAGUUCCACUGGUGCUGCUACGUCAAGUGCAAGCGCUGCACCACGCUGGUCGAUCAGUUCGUCUGCAAAUAACAACGCGGGAGGAGCAAGCGGUUCAGGGUUUGGUUCAGGGUCUUUCAUUUGGAGUCAACCGGCAGAUGUGCUCACAACUCGGUCAUCGCAACAUCCCGUCCUGCUUUCCUGACCCAAACCCUGACGGCCGACUGAAGGAGAAGAAUUAAGCAGGCGGAACAACUGGAUCCUGAAAACAAGGAACACACAUGACUCCAAUGGAAAAAAAAAAAUACAGCUAAAUAAUAGAGACUAUUUAAAAGUGACUCUCUCUCUCUCUCUCUCACACACACACACACACACACACACACACACGUGCACACACACUUUGGAUCAUCAUCCCCUUUGAUUCUGGCCUGCGGGAGUGAAUGUGCUGACGCGCGUUCCCGAUAUUGCGAGACCGAGGAAUCGCUUGUGAAGGAUUGGAGGGGAGUCGUUCUUCAAGGCACAGUUAGGCGUAGAAAUACUAUUACAAAAAAGAGACACUUCAUUAAACAGUCCAUUUGUCUCUGUGUUACUCGCACAAUUCCCGGCGUGCUCGCCGCUCCCGCGACCCGACGAGUGAGCGAGCGACAGCGGCUAAUGAGGCUCGCCCGGUUGCGGCCGUCUUGCCACGGCCGGGCGUGACCUUCGCCGGAGAGAGAGGCGCCAAAGGGCUAAAAAAGCUCCAUUAGCGAGAUUGAUGAAGCCGCGCCGAGAGACGCUCUCGUCGACGCUCUCCUGGACGCUCUCCUCCACGCCCGCGAAUGCAAAAUGAACAGUCAAUCCGAGCUUGACCCGGAUGUCUUCCGUUGGGCCCUUCGCCAUCUUGUUUCCAAAAUAGAUCGUGCUUGCCUGUGGCGGAAAGGAAUUGCUAGAAAAUAAUUCAGUCCGGUCAAUUGAUGACAAAAGACUGGAGAAAUUAAUGUGUGUGACAAAAAAAAAAAAAAAAAAAAAGACAGAACAGAACGGACUGCAAUUUAUUAUGAGCUACUUUAAAAGAAAAUUAGAUCAUAAGAGAAAGUAUAUAUUUUAUUACUGUUUUCAUUUCCUGUUUUGUAUGUUUUAUACAUAUUCUUUUGAUAAACCAGUCUUUGGACAACGACGCCUUGUUUCUUGUUCUGCCAGUCAUUGUUUAAAAUGUAACAAGGUGCUCUGAAUCACCAGGACUCCUCAAACAUAUUUGCUCAUGUUAUUCACCCCAUAUAUGGCAAGAGCAGAUUUACCGGUACGACGAACCACUCCGGCCAAAAACCUUAAAUAAUGGCGCACGUCUGAGCGUACCUGUGCGAUGACCUCACUAUUAAUCCCAUUACUUUUGGCUUCUGGCCACUAAUUGGAUUGUACGCACCACGGCAUGUCUUUCUUUUCAUGUGUUGUUCUCGCUAAGCGGCCACACCGCCGUCCCUGAAUGAGACGUUUGAUUUCGGGACACUGUUGGUAUUCUGUGUUGAAGUAUGUGUGGCAAAAGUGUUUGCCACGUGCUCAAGCAAGUGACGCUUCCCUCCGGUACAAGAUUAGACAAGUGAAAGUGCCUAAUCUGUCUCAGUUGACUGCCAUCUGCUUUGGUGACGCCACAAAUUCUAUUCAGGUCUCCCAUGAAACAUUUACCGACUCUUCUUGUCUCUUA